AUGGCCUCCCUUUCCCCAGAGCUGUGGCACAUGAUUGCCAGCCAUCUCAGCAUACACGAUGCUACACAACUCCGACUCGUCAGCAGGUACUUUGCGGAUCUCGCAGGGCAGUACAUCAUUCCGGAAAUCUCAUUUCACAUGCACCAAGACGACUUUACGCGUCUCAGGGAAAUUUCGCGCAGUGGCGUCCUUGCACCAAGCGUCAGGUCGCUGACUUACUUCACGACCUUGUACAAAACUCCAGUGGGGACGUUUAGGGAGUUCAAACGAUACCACAAGGAGGAAAUCUGGAUGAAGAAGCUUAGUAAUUGGCGCACGCCCGCCAUUGAGGAGGUUAAGCCUGCUGAUGAGUCAACAUUGUUGUCCGAGUAUGAGAAAUAUAAACACCUCGUCGACGUGCAAGAUCAGAUCAGAUUCGACAAAGCCGAUCUCGCGUGCCUCAAAGAUGCCCUCGCCAAAUUCACGGGCCUAAGGCAUGCUACCAUGUCAUCUGGUAACCAGUUCCUCAGCAGGCCCGCCCGUCAAACGCGAUCGCCGUUCAGGGGUCCCGUUGAACUACCCAUCGGAUGGCCAAGACCAGAGGGUGUCGCUCAGCUCGAGGUCUUGCUUGAAGCAUUGGCACAUAACAAUAUCAAGCUCGACAGCCUGCGUGCGGGCACUCUCGAAUGGGUAUUCUUCGACAAGCCCCAGGCAGAGCUUGAACGCCUGUUCCGGCCAGCGUUCGACGCGGUGCACGUUGAGUUCGAAAUUGCGCUGGCCCUAGACGACAAUCUGCAUGACUGGGACGAAAACGGUGCGGAGUGCCGGGAAUUCAUGGAAGAGGGCAGGUUGAGGGAUAUCCUGUUACGCAUGAAGAGGCUUGAGGUGCUGCGCGUCGGAUUCCUAUGCGACCAGGACCUGCCGGACGAGAAGCCAGCCAUGCUGAAGGAUAUCAUGAGCCCAGGUCAUCACUGGCCACACCUGCAACGACUCGAGCUGUCAAGCAUCGAGGCUGACAGGCACAGUCUGAUGAAACUCCUGAUCCUACACAAAGACACGCUUCGAUUUCUUUGUCUACAGGACGUUCAUCUAGGUGCAACGUCGUGGAAGAAGCUACUACCAGAAAUACGCAACCAGUUAUAUCUGGAGGACGCGUGUAUCUGUGGUAGUUUGGUGGGCCAAGCGGAAGACAUGCCCGACCAGAGUCUGCGUGAAGGCUGGGAGUUGAGCGUGCCUGGAAUCUGGCAAAACGACAUGAGGGCAUCUAUCAAUUGUUACUGUCAAAAGGGGGGCGAGAAUUACCCGGAUGAGCUCCCGCUCGAGGACGAGAUUGUGGAAAAGCACUUCAAUCAAUACGUCAGACACACUGUCAAAAAGACUCAAGCUGAAGAGUGGGAAGAACAGCAUCGUGUUGACGAGGAGCUGCGCGGCGAGUGGCGUGAGGCUGGGCUGAUACCGUGCAGAGGCAACGAGGACAGCGAGGACAGCGAGGACGGCGAGGGCAGCGAGGGCAGCGAGGACAGCGAGGACAGCGAGCCAGACUGGAUUAGCUACGAUACAGAUGAUUCGAAUGCUGAUCUGUGGGAUGAGCUUAAUUAUAAUGUGGAUCCAGAGGAAAAUAGCGAGGAGGAUAGCGAGGAGGACAGCGAGGAGGACAGCGAGGAGGACAGCGAGGAGGACAUCGAGGAGCUCGAUGAUGAAUUGGCCGCAGUGGAGAGUUCGUCAGAAGGUGACGACGAAGGCGAUGGUGAAGGCGAUGGUGGCUUUCAGGGCAUAACUAUUUUCUACUAA